AUGACAGAUUCACUAAUUGAUGAUGAAAUUGUUGAUGUUCGAUCAUCUACGAGUAGACCAGGCGUAGCAAGUGCUACUUCAUCAAUAACAACAACACAUCGUCGACCAAUGUUUAUCGAAACAGAAGUUCGAACUGAUACGGUUACGACACGUCGAAUGGCAUCGGCUGCUGCAAAUAAAAGUGUUCACGAUGUACUUGAAAAUACCAAAUCACCUAAUCAUGAUCGCCAAUCAACAAGUUAUACUUAUGCUCAUAGCAAUUCAUAUGCGCCUGUGUCACGACCUGCCGCAUACGACAUUCCUGCAAUGUCACGCCGUAGUUUACAUGGUGGUUAUCAAAAUGGUGUAGAAUCAACUGUUGCUUCAGCAUUUUCAUCACCACAACAAUUUCUAUCAACUAUUCGAACACAAUUAACAAAUGGUUAUGAUGCUGUUCGUGAUCGUAUAACUAAUUUAAUUGGUCACCAAGGUGCAUCAUCACGCGAUGCAACAAGUGGUGGUGGACGACAUACUCGUACAUCGUCACAAUCAUCAGGUUCUAGUCGAGCGAAAGGUUAUAAUCUUCGUUCACGUCCUGUUCAUUCAACACCACGGGAUACUGAUACUGAUCAACAUAAUCAACAUCGUAAAACAACUAAACAUCGCAAAGAUCAACAUGGUGAAAUUGAUGAAGAAGAAGAAGAUGAUUACGAUCAUGAUCACAAACAACCACAACAUUUCUUUCAUAAAAUAAUUCAUUAUGUUAAAAAAGUAUUUCAUUCACCUAUUGAUAUUUUUGAUACAAUUUGGGAUAAAUUAAAAAGUUUACCAUGGUGGUUACUUAUUCCACUUCUUAUAUUUCUUGGUCUUUAUACUUUACCUUUUUUGGCUUGUAAACCAUUUGAACGUUUUCAUCAUCCAAAAGUAGUUGAUGUUUGUCGAGAUGUUCAUGAUUAUACACAAAAUUUAACUAAAAAUACAUAUAAAUUUGCUCGUGGUCAUACAUAUGAACGUGGCCUUCGUAAUCUAAAACAAGUUUAUCGUUCAGCACAAGAUGUUAAAGAUUCGGUAUUAAAUUCUUUAAAUGAUGUAUAUUACACAGGAAAACGUGCGCUACGUGGUUCUGUUGGUGGUGUUAAAAAUCGUGUUAGUGAUGCUGUUGAAACAACAGCUGAAAAUGCAAAAGAAUAUUAUGAUGCUGGUAUACAAAAAGUUCAUAAUCUUAUUGAAGAACUCAAACAAGAACGAGAAAAAAUUCUUGGAGUACGACAUACAUUGAAACCUGAUGAAGAAAAAGAAUUAGGAGCGAUGGUUCGAAAAUUAAUUGAUGAAUAUGCAGCCGAUGAAACAGGUCAAGCUGAUUAUGCACUUGAAGCUAAUGGCGGAAAAAUUGUUGAUACUCGUUGUCAAGAAUAUACUGAUGAACCACGACAAAACGUUGUUAAAUUUCUUGGUAUCCCUAUUGUUCAUAUGUCGAAACAACCUGAUAUUAUUAUAAAACAUGGACGUAUGCCUGGUCAAUGUUUUCCAUUUAAAGGUGAUCAUGGAAGUGUUAUUGUUCGAUUAGCUGUACCUGUUGUACCAACAGAAUUUGUACUUGAACAUUUAUCAAAAAGUAUUUCAAUCGUUGGACAUAUUAAUAGUGCACCAAAUAAUUUUACAGUUUAUGCCUUAAAAGAUAAACAUGAUAGAGAAGGUACUGUUCUUGGUCGAUAUUAUUAUGAUGCAGAAAAUGGUCCAGCACUUCAAAGAUUUAAACCUCAAAUUGCUAAUAUGCCCGUUGUUGAAUAUAUUGAAAUUCAAGUAAAUUCCAAUUGGGGUAAUCCGAAUUAUACAUGUUUAUACAGAUUUCGUGUACAUGGUGAUAUGCAAACUGUUGCUCCAACAGCUGCAUAG